UGUCCUCAGUAUUGUGUGACAGGACAACAGCCUCUCCCUCCCCGGCUGCUCAUUACCCACAAUGCAGCGGGGGAUUUAACACCAAGAUGGCUGACACUAUGGAGGAAUAUGAGAAAGACGCUGGCUGCGUCCCGAUCCUGCACCCUGAGGAAAUCAAGACUCAGGGUCACUACAAUCAUGGUUACAGCACGGAAUCCAUGGGACGUAAAAGCCACAUGGACGACUAUAGUACAUGGGAUAUUGUCAAAGCCACACAGUAUGGAAUCUACGAGCGCUGCAGAGAGCUGGUGGAAGCAGGCUAUGAUGUGCGACAGCCUGACAAAGAGAAUGUUACUCUGCUUCAUUGGGCUGCCAUUAACAAUAGGAUAGAUCUAGUGAAGUUCUACAUAUCUAAAGGUGCUAUUGUGGACCAACUGGGAGGUGAUUUAAACUCCACUCCUCUGCAUUGGGCUACAAGACAGGGUCAUCUCUCCAUGGUUGUCCAAUUGAUGAAAUAUGGUGCCGACCCCUCACUUAUAGAUGGAGAAGGCUGCAGCUGUAUUCACUUAGCUGCCCAGUUUGGGCAUACCUCAAUUGUGGCCUAUCUUAUAGCAAAGGGACAGGAUGUAGAUAUGAUGGAUCAGAAUGGCAUGACUCCAUUAAUGUGGGCAGCUUAUAGGACACAUAGCGUGGACCCCACAAGACUUCUGCUUACGUUUAAUGUGUCUGUUAAUCUUGGGGACAAAUACCACAAGAACACUGCAUUACACUGGGCUGUUUUGGCUGGAAAUACUACAGUCAUUAGUUUGCUUCUUGACGCUGGUGCCAAUGUUGAUGCACAGAAUAUUAAGGGAGAAUCGCCGCUUGAUCUAGCAAAACAGAGGAAAAAUGUCUGGAUGAUUAACCAUUUGCAAGAAGCGAGACAAGCAAAAGGCUAUGAUAAUCCCUCAUUCCUGAAAAAGCUAAAGGCAGACAAAGAAUUCCGUCAAAAAGUAAUGCUAGGAACACCAUUCCUGGUGAUCUGGUUGGUUGGGUUCAUUGCUGAUCUUGAUAUUGAUUCCUGGUUAAUCAAGGGACUCAUGUAUGGUGGAGUUUGGGCAAUGGUGCAAUUCUUAUCAAAGUCUUUCUUUGAUCACUCAAUGCAUAGUGCUCUUCCCCUUGGGAUAUAUCUGGCAACCAAGUUUUGGAUGUAUGUUACCUGGUUCUUCUGGUUUUGGAAUGAUCUGAACUUUCUCUUCAUCCAUCUUCCAUUCUUGGCGAACAGUGUUGCACUGUUUUAUAAUUUUGGUAAAUCCUGGAAAUCUGAUCCAGGCAUUAUCAAGGCUACAGAGGAACAAAAGAAAAAGACAAUUGUAGAGCUUGCUGAAACCGGCAGCCUGGAUCUGAGUAUAUUCUGCAGUACCUGUUUGAUAAGAAAACCAGUGAGGUCUAAGCACUGUGGCAUUUGCAAUCGUUGCAUAGCAAAGUUUGAUCACCACUGUCCUUGGGUUGGCAAUUGUGUAGGUGCAGGUAACCAUCGCUAUUUCAUGGGGUACCUAUUUUUCCUGCUCUGCAUGAUCUGUUGGAUGAUUUAUGGGUGCAUAUCCUAUUGGGGAAUACAUUGUGACACUACAUACAGUAAAGAUGGAUUUUGGACGUAUGUGACCCAGAUUGCUACCUGUUCGUCCUGGAUGUUCUGGAUGUUCCUCAAUAGUGUGUUUCACUUAAUGUGGGUCGCUGUGUUAUUGAUGUGUCAAAUGUACCAGAUAUCAUGUUUGGGAAUUACUACAAAUGAGCGGAUGAAUGCAAGGAGAUACAAACACUUCAAAAUCACAACCACAUCAAUUGAAAGCCCUUUCAACCAUGGAUGUAUCAGAAAUAUCAUAGACUUCUUUGAAUUCCGAUGCUGCGGUCUCUUCCGCCCUGUAACAGUGGACUGGACAAGGCAAUACACAAUAGAGUAUGAACAAACGUCAGGCUCAGGUUAUCAGCUGGUGUAGUCUCCACAGAGCCGCCACUCUCACAUGAUCCAAUAUGGGUGGUACCUGAAGAUGUCUAUAUGUCUCUCGCGAAAACUUGCCCCUUGAACUAUAGCAUGCUGUUUGUAGGGCUAUUGAUAAAUCUUACAGUACCUUCUCUGUCAGCAUUUUAUCAACCACAGUGACCAUGGACAGGACCUUUUGCCCGCACUGAUGUAGAGAAAGAAGAUACAGGGGGGGGGAGGAUUUUAACUGAUCCCUGUAUAGGAAAUAUUUUGAACAGCCGUGAAUCUGCAAUCUGUGUUUUUGUUCUGUGUAUUUUUAUUUUUAAUGAUUAUUUAUUUUGCACCAUUCACAACAAAGCAUGGCAUUGCUCUCUCGACAAGCUUCAGUCUUGGUCUGCUUGAACAAAAUCUAUUUGUUGCCCCUUUCUUUCUGCAUACACCCGGUAGAAUGAGACUUUUUAGUACUCCAUCACGAUUCCCUAAUGUGGCCUGGCUUGAUCUACAAUACUGUGGCAUUUUCUUCCUGUAAUGUGAUCUCCCAGUCGUGCUCUAUACUAGUGUCAUUGAAAAUGUGAAUCUUAAUGCUGGGCUGAAGAAUCCUACGUUUCUUUGGGCCUUUGGCGUUAACUUGACGAAGUGGGCACGUGAAGAUGUUAAACACAAAAAUGAAUGUAUGUUUCCUGCAUUGUUUGACUGUCAGCUGUCCUUGCCAUCUAAUUCUGGAUCUGAUGAAAAGUAUCCCUUUGUGAAGUUGAGCAGUCCUCAGCAGUUGCAUGCAAGUAGUGUUCAAUAGGAUUAUAAGGAAACACUAGUACAUCGCCAAAUUAAGUCACUUAGAGCUUGUUCAGAGCUGAAGUGUUGACUGGAUACCGUGCUCACGUCCUGGACAAAGCCCUGUUCACACUGACGAGACAGCACUGGAAAUGGAUGUGGAGCCAAAGAAAAUAUGGUGGUUGUUUGUUAUUUUUCCAUUUUGUUUGUGCAGUUUAGAGCGUGCUCCUCUGUGUUAUUCUUUGGGGAGGGGAAGGCGGUAUAGAACUGUAUAUAUUACUAAAUGCUUUGUCAUGUUGUCACUUUAUAGUAGUUCAGCUCCAAAAAUAUCUGCUGGUUAAUGGCAAAAUUGUUACUGGGCAUUAAAGGAGAUAUCCAGUGGUGAAAAACUUAUCCCCUAUCCUAAGGAUAGGGGAUAAGUUUCAGAUCCCGGGGGUUCCGAGCGCUGGGGCCCCCCUGCGAUCUCCUGUACGGGGCCCAGACAGCCCGUGGAAAGGGGGCGUGUUGACCACUGCACGAAGCGGUGGCUGACACGCCCCCUCAAUACAACUCUAUGGCCUUCGGCAAUCUCCGGCUCUGCCAUAGAGUUGUAUUGAGAGGGCGUGUAGGUCGCCGCCAAGUGCGGUGGUGCCUGAGCCUGGCCCCCAUACAGAGAGAUCGCGAGGGGCCCCAGCAGUCGGACCCCCCGCGAUCUGAAACUUAUCCCCUAUCCUUAGGAUAGUGGAUACGUUUUUCACCACUGGACUACUCCUUUAAUUUCUAUGGUCACUUCCCUGUGGUAUAGACUAUAAAAACAAUACUGGUACAACAUGUAUAUGUGAACAUCAGAAUGUCACCAAACAAAACCUAGGAGACCUCUCCGUAGAUCUGAGAUAUCUGAAAUAACCUUGCUGCUUCUCUGUAAAUUAUUAUUAUUUUUUGUUUAUUUUAGUAGAAAAAAGGGAAUUCUGUAUAUUGUGACCUAUGUACGGACUAUAUGGAAAAUUACUUUGUGGGGAGACAUUAAUGUGCUCCAUAUUUUUGGGUUGAUUUAAGUGAUGGAACAGUGACACUAAGCAUUGCACAAAAGGGAAUGUGUUCUAGUGGAAAUGUAUUUGUGGUUUUGGUAUAUAAAAUGAUUUCCAGAACUUUCUCCUCCCUUUUGAUGCUGGUGGGGAAAAAACACCACAAACAAGCAAGGGGUAGGAUUCGAAAGCAUAGCUUAAACAAUCUUUCGUAUUGUGAAUAGAGAUAAGUGAAGUUACAGUGAUUUGAUUCGUCACGAACUUCUCGGCUCGGCAGUUGCUGACUUUAGCCUGCAUACAUUAGUUCAGCUUUCAGGCGCUCCGGUGGGCGGGAAAAGGUGUAUACAGUCCUAGGAGAGAGUCUCCAGCCCACCAGAGCACCUGAAAGCUGAACUAAUUAAUGCAGGCUAAAGUCAGCAACUGCCGAGCCGAGAAGUUUGUGACGAAUCAAAUCACUAACGCUCAUCUCUAAUUGUGAACAUAUCAACAAUGUGCUCAAAUGUCCUAGAAAGGCAAUAAAUCCACAGUAGAUAUGGAAAGUGCUAUUCCACCCUGUGCCAUAGAUAUUUUUGCUUUUAUAGGGUGAUGGAUUUUACACUAAAACUGCACUUAUAUUUGAUGUAGGUAGAGGAAUAUUUGUGCCGAUAAAUCUUUAACCCCCUUGAGGCAAUUACGGUACUUUUCUACACUCAGCCGUAUGGAAAAUUAUAAUAGUCUAUCCCAGAACACUUUUUUUUUUUCUUGUUUAACUUUCUAUAGAACUCAACAAUGCUGCGCUGACCUAUUUUAAAUAGCUUCUUAUAAUGGUCAGACCUCCUGUUAAAUGAUAAAAUAUUGAAAUAUAACUGUUUCUCAUGACCUUAGUAUUGAACAUAUGGGUAGACAUUGACAUUGUCCCAGAUUUACGAUUGCAAAAGUGCCAGAAAUCUGGUUCAAUUUGCACCAAAAAAAGAAAAAACACAUUGAGGGAGAUUUAUCAAAAACCUGUGUAGAGGAAGAGUGGUGCCGUUGCCCAUAGCAACCAAUGCUUAUUUCAUUUUUCAAAGGUCUCUUUAAAAAUGAAAGCAUCAAUCUGGUUGCCAUGGGCAACUGCACCACUUUUCCAUUGCAGUGUUUUUGAUAAAUCUCGCUCAUUUAUUAUAAUUCUUUUCUUUUUUUUCUUUAAUCAUUUUUUUUCCCGGUGUCUGACAAAUUGUGUGGUUUCGGGAAAGGUGUGUGGCUUAAAAUGCCUACAUUUUUUCACAUGGUUCUGCUUUAAAGGGGUAAUCCGCUGCUCAGCAUUUGGAAUAAACUGUUCCAAACGCUGGAGCCGACAGUGGGUGGCGUCAAAGCCCCGCCCCCUCAUGAUGUCACGCCCCAUCCCCUCAAUGCAAGUCUAUGGGAGGGGGCGUGACGAAUAAAGGAGACUUGCAUUGAGGGGGUGGAACGUGACGUUAUGAUGGGGCGGGGCUUCGACAUCACAAGCUCCCGAUGCCGGCUCCAGCGUUCGGAACAGUUUGUUCCAAACGCUGAGCAGCGGAUUAUCCCUUUAAAGUAAGCCAGCAAAUAGUGUGUCCAAACUUAGACUCACCAGACACACCAGAUUUAUCAGUCAGCCUGAUGCAUGUUGGUAAAUCUGUCGCAAGAUUUCGACCGCUUUAGUAAAUCUAGGCCAUAUAACUCCACUGUAUAACACUAGUUGGCCUCACACCAUCCUAAAAAAAAAAUCAAUUGGGAGAGAGAAAACUGCCCCUCGCAGACAAGUCAGUCUUUGGGUAUGUUCACACAGGGAAUACGGUAUAUGCUGUAGUUUUUCUUAACUGCAUUCAUGCACAGAAGUUCUGCACCAUGUCCAGUAGCAGUAGAGUAGAUACGAUUUGUAGGAAUCAUGUCUGCAUGCCUAAAAAUAUCCACAGUAAAUCUGCACAGAUAUUGUAGAUUUGCCGCAUGUCAAUUGAUGCAGGUACUAUGCAGAUUUAAUGCAGAUUUUCCCCAUUGAAGUAAAUAUCUUCAAUAAAUCCACAAUUGUAAAUUUUGCUACAAAAACUCCAGCAGAUUUAAGUCAGAUUCCCUAAAUGCGGAUUCCAAAUACUGUAUUUCUGUCCUGUGAAUCACGCUUUAGUAGAUUUUGUUCAACUGAAUGGCACUUGCAUGUUUUUGUCCACCCCAAAGAACACCAUUCAGAAGCUGAAUUGCAUUUGUAGAAUAGAAAUCCCUCCAACCCCCCCCCCCCCCCUUAUUUAUUUUUUUGUAGAGAAAAACCACCACUUUAUUCCUAAAUGCUAGAAUAUACUCGGUUGGAGCUAUGCACAAACAGCGAGUUUGUACAUGUAAAUAGAUAAUCCGAUAACUUAUCACAUCAGUGACUUUGAUGUUAUUUGCUAGGAUAUUUAUGCUGCUGUUUUUUUUGUUUUGUAUAUCCAAAAAGUUUCAGGGAAUUUUAAGUUUGUUCAUGUUCCCUGUAAAUGUAAAGAAAUACUCCUGGGAAAAAAAAAAUCUGAACAGUUUUGCCUGGGUAGUUGUAACCUUUGUACUAGAGAUGAGCGAAUUUACAGUAAAUUCGAUUCGUCACGAACUUCU